AUGGGAAAUGAGCAACGAACUUUUGUAAUAAAUCACAUCAAAAGGUUUCCUAGAUACACAAGCCAUUAUUCUAGAAAAGCGAAUUCUCAGACGAAAUACUUGUCAUCAGAUUCAAAUAUUAAGAUUGUGUAUGACUUAUACAAAACCACUUGCAAAGACGAAAAAAAGAUUCCUGUGAAGCUCUCUUAUUAUAGAUAUAUUUUCAAUAGCGAAUUCAACUUAAGAUUUCAUCGUCCACACUCAGUCACCUGUUUCCGCUGUGACUCCCAUCAAAAUAUUAUCAAAUAUCCGAAUGAUGAUUCUAAAGUCUCACACAGUAAGGUUCAGGUAGCUCUUCAUCAGAAACGUUUCGAAAAUGCCAUAAACAUGAAGAAAAGCGACAUCGAAAAAUACAGACUUUCAACAAAUACAGUGGUAGUAUGCUUUGACCUGCAACAGUCUCUACCAACACCACUCUUGACAACAUCCAAAAACAAACCAAUGAAAAUGAAGAAUAAAAUAAGUAUUUGGAUGAAAGUGUAACAUUUUUAUGAAGUAAUUUUUUCACUGUAAAGUAGUAUCAAAACAACGGUACACACAUCAUUAUCAAUAAAACAAACAAUGUAUAAAACGUAUAAAAUGGC